AUGAGGGGAGAGAACCUCACCAAGGUCAACGCCUUCCUCCUGGUGGGCUUCCCCACGGCUCCCCGGCUGCAGUUUGUCCUCUUCCUGGCCUUCCUGCUCACCUACCUCUUCGUCCUGGUGGAGAACCUGGCCAUCAUCCUCACCGUGUGGCGCAGCGCCUCCCUGCACAGGCCCAUGUACUGCUUCCUGGGCUCCCUGUCGGCCCUGGAGGUCUGGUACGUGUCCGACAUCAUCCCCAAGAUGCUGGACGGCUUCCUGCUGCAGCGCAAGCGCAUCUCCUUCGUGGGGUGCAUGGCCCAGCUCUACUUCUUCAGCUCCCUGGUGUGCACCGAGUGUGUGCUCCUGGCCUCCAUGGCCUACGACCGCUACGUGGCCGUCUGCCACCCCCUGCGCUACCAGGUCAUCAUGACCACGGGGCUCUGCGUGCAGCUGGUGGCCUUCUCCGUGGUGAGCGGCUUCGGCGUCUCCGUGAUCAAGGUCUACUUCAUCUCCAGCGCCAAGUUCUGCGGCUCCAACGUUUUGAACCACUUCUUCUGUGACAUUUCCCCCAUCCUCAAACUGGCCUGCACCGACUUCUCCACAGCCGAGCUGGUGGACUUCGUCCUGGCCUUCAUCAUCCUGGUCUUCCCGCUGCUGGCCACGGUUCUGUCCUACGCACACAUCACGCUGGCCGUGCUGCGCAUCCCUGCGGGCACCGGCCGCUGGAGGGCCUUCUCCACCUGCGCCUCCCACCUCAGUGUGGUCACCAUCUUCUACACGGCCAUGAUCUUCAUGUAUGUCCGGCCCCAGGCCAUCGACUCCCGGAGCUCCAACAAGCUCAUCUCCGCAGUGUACACCGUCCUCACGCCCAUCGUGAACCCGCUCAUCUACUGCCUGCGGAACACGGAGUUUAAGGACGCCUUGAAGAAGGCCCUGGGUCUUGGUCACGUGCCACCGUAG